AUGAAAGUCGUUGGCGAGGGCAAUGCUAACAUACUGAUCGACUAUGGGAACGCCAAUUGGUUAUACAGAUGUUGCGUGCGGUUCAAAGACUCUUUGAAGCGAAAUAAUGAAUACAGCAUUGAAAACCUGCAGUAUAUUGAAACGUCGGUGAAAGCGUUUCUAGGAGAUCUAUUGUGUCCAAUGGAGCUUAAAGAAUUGCCUCUGAAGGGUUUGGAGAGCAUUUUGGGUCGGUACGUUGCAAAUUUGGACGAUACCAAAGUGAUCGUAUUCGAAAUGCCGAAUCUAAAGCCUAGAUAUCUUGAAAAGACUGCAUAUGCCGAUCGGUUCACGCAAAUCUAUACCUCUGCAGACUCGAGCUGUGUGGUGCUCGAGCUUAAGCCCAAAUGGCUGUAUAAUCCGUCCGCUUAUUGCAGGAACUGUUCGCACAGCAAGCUGAAGGGCCGCGAGCAUCGAUACUGCUAUAGCAAGUUGAACCAAGAUCCUCUGCAUCUGACUGAGCUGCUGGCCGGCGCGGGAGAUCUUCCACCGAAAUUCGAAAGAGAUCUUGCCUCUUAUCUGGCGCGAAGCACUAACGUACUGGCGGUGCUCUAUGCAGCUCAGAGAGAGCUCAAACACGAAGCGCUGUCUCGGAUUGAGUCCGUUGCAGACGUUACGAGUAGCAUGUCGCUGGCGAUGACUUUGAGAGACGUCACUUGUUUCAUAGAGUGGAGCUCUGAUGGCGACCAGCUUGGGGUGAACGUGGUCGACGUUGAUCUGAAGCCUAAAGAGAAGUUCCUCCACUGGCGGGAGACCCAGCUAAGACUAGACAAUUUGGAGGAUAAAUGCUAUCAUUGA